AUGAAAGUCAUUAAUUUGUUGUCGGUUUUGUUACUAUCCACCUCCUCAAUUGCAUUGUUCUCAUCCACAGUUCUUGACUCUUGGGAUUUGAAUGAUUUAAAAGAGUAUUUAUCAGAUAAUUCAGUUCCUUUCGAUGAAAAGAAGGCUACUGUUGAACAAAUUAAAGACCUUUCCCAAAAACACUGGGAAUUGCAACAUUCCAAAUCUCAAUCUUCAUGGUUUGAUCCUAAUGUCGUGAAGCAAAAAGUGCUUAAUUAUUACAACGGUGCUACAGACUCCUUAACAUCAAACCCUGCAACUUCGUCAUCCUCAGUUGACUACAGCAAUUUAAAAGAUUGGGUCUUUGCUACUUGGGGUAUUGAUCAAUUGAAAAGUACUUUGAAAAAAUCUGAUAUCAAGUUUGAUCCAGAAGCUAAACGUGAUGAUUUGGUUAAAUUAGCAAAGUCAAAUUAUAACAAAAUUGCAAAGAAGUAUAACGCUUCAGGUAACUACCCAGGUGAUUGGUUGUACUCUAAUUGGGACAAAAAAUCAUUGAAGAAAUGGUUGGACCAGUAUGGUAUUGAUUAUUCCAGUUUCAGAGAUUCUCAAAAGGAUUUGAUUCGUAAAGUUCGUCAAAACUCAUACCAAGCUGCUCAAGUUGCUGAAGAAGAACGUCAAGGUAUCUUGGAAUCUUUGGACUUGUCAAGCAAGGCGUUGUUUGACAAAGCUGGUACAGUUAGAGAUGAUAUUUUCAAUACAUGGUCAUCAUCUCAAUUAUACAAAUGGUUAAAAACUCACCAAGUUGAUGUUGAAGAAUCAUUGAAGACAAACAAGGAAGAAUUGGCAUUACUAGCUCAAAAGCAUAAAGAUAAUUUGAAAGAUGAUAUUGAGUAUUGGAGUGGAAAAGCUUCAAAAUCUGCUUCACCAUUCUUGACAAAAUCAUCUGACAAGGUUGAUAACGUUAUUAAUGAUACAUUCUUCGUCGGUGUUGAAUCAUGGUCAAGAGAUCGUUUGAAGGCCUUUUUAGCUGCUCGUGGUGUUUCGGUCCCUAUCUUUGCAACCAAAUAUGAAUUGAUUCAACUAGUUAAAGAUAACAAGUUCAAACCAAUUCAAAACUUCAAUAAUGAUUAUUUUUUCCAAGGUUGGUCAAAAGAAAAUAUUCAAAAAUGGGUUGAUGAACAAAAUGAUGCGGCUUCUAAAACAUCAAAAGCUUCUGGUUAUGCCAAUCAAGCUUCAAACCAUUUUAGCACAGCAAGGGAUUCUUUCUUUGAUUAUUGGUCUGACGUUGAAUUGAGAGAAUAUUUAAGUUCAUUUGGUAUUUAUGAUACUAAAAACUUUAGACACGAUCAAUUGUUAGAUCUUGCUAAAACUAAUACUAGAUGGUUUAUCAGUGGUGCCAACUAUGAUACUGGUAGUGCUAUUGCUAAUGCCAAACUUACAGGUGUCAAUUUGUGGAACAAAAUUGUCUACUAUGUGAAAACUUGGUACAAUACCAUUUACUACACGUUUAACCAUUGA